CUAUUUUCAAACAUCGCGUGUGGAAAUUUGAUGUUUUCUAUGUAAAUACGAUGUGAAAAUUUUAGAUUUUGUUGUUGACAUCACUGACACUGAAACAAUUGCGGAAUUUUUCUACUGAUCUUUGGUAAUUUAGGUCUUUAAAAUAUAUUUGAGGAACUUGACAUUUCGGAAAAGAAUAUUCAGUAUAACAAGGUGUAUUCCCUGUCAACUAAGCACUGUCAGUGUCAAGGCGAUAAUAUUGGAGGGUGUUGAAGUCAUAUUUCUUGAUUAGCCUUAGGCCUAUGCUAUAUUACAUUACAACAGCAUAGAGAUUAUCUCAGAAGCCAAGAUGCAGCUUUUUGUACGAGCAACCGAGACUCACACUGUUGAGGUGACAGGAGAUGAAACUGUUCAAGCAGUUAUGAAUAUGGUAUCCCAGAAAGAGGGAUUCGAUGUUGAAGAUUUAAUGGUAUCUUAUGGAGGUAAACCUUUAGAAGGGGAAUUCCAACUUUCUGAACUCAAUGAUUUAUCCACAAUUGAUGUGGAAGUUCGAAUGGUUGGAGGUAAAGUCCAUGGUUCUCUAGCUCGAGCUGGUAAAGUCCGGGGUCAAACACCCAAGGUUGAUAAACAAGAUAAGAAAAAGAAGAAGACAGGAAGAGCUAAGAGACGAUCCCAAUAUAACCGACGAUUCUUAAACGUUGUAGAAACAUUCGGUAGAAAGAGAGGUCCUAAUGCCAACGCUGGCAAGUAAACUUGUAAUAUAAUAAAGGAAAAAAAUGUGAUCGAAUUGUUUCUUUUAACCAGUUGUGUUGCCCAGAUCUUAAAAAUCCUUUUGCAUUAAAUAUUUGUGUUGACGU